AUGGCUCAACCACAGGAUCAGGCCCGCUUUGUCAUGCUCAUAGUCUUGCUGCUAUGGCUGACCUCGACCCCCGACAGCGGCCCGGGCAUCAUGUCCGCACCGUCCAUCAUCGCCGCCCGCCUCGGCCGCCAACGCGUUGCUCAUACCGUGCUGAACAACACGCAGUGGGGGGAGUUCGCGCCACCAUCUCCCAAUCAAGACCCCGAUCACCCUGCUCCGAGCAUACCGAACAACGGUACUGGAUACCUCAACAUCACCGGUUUCAGGGAGGAGGACAAAUUUGCAUGGCGGGAUCUGGACCUCUUUCGACAGCGCUGCCUGGAAUGGAGUCGCAAUGCCUAUCGAGGUACCGGUCAGCAUGGCGAGAAGGAGGGCGAUAGGUGGGACUUGGCACAAGGGUGGCCAACUUGGCAUAACGCAACUGGGAUAGUCCACGGGAGCUGGGUUCGCGCGGACGCAAGUGAGCAGCGCUCCAGUUCUUCAUAUAACCUCACCCAGCUCGCCCCAACAAUACCAUGGGCCAUUUCCGAAUUCGGCAGGAAUAUCACAGGCAAGGAGGGGAAGAUAUUAUUACGGCUGGACGACAAACAGAGGGGCACAGAGCUACCUGACCUCGAGAUGGAGGAACCCACAGAAGAAGGGCAGGAACGGAAGCCACUCGUCAAGACGGGUGGUGUCGUCAGGGAGGUGUCGGCGAUGGCGAGCAUUGAGGAUGUCACUGGCAGCGGAAGCACCCACCACAUUGUCCUUCACGGUGUGCACUGGCCAAGGCAGGGCGCGAUGCUCCUUACCACGACAAGCGACAAGUUCGCCGGCAUAUUUGGUUUACCGCAUCUGACGCCAGGCCUGAACUUCUUCCGCACGAGCCAGAAGCUCCUAAACGAGACCAUCGGGGAGGUUCUUCGACGCAAGGAGAAGGCGCGGUUUUCAGAGGUUACCUCUAACCCCUGGGGCUCGUACCCGAACAUGCCGCAGGAUUCAUGGAACCCGUUCCCCCACUGCGAGUACGUCAUGUACGUCCAGGUUCACCCCCUCGACACCCAACAGUUGGGAGAGGGACUUUUGGGAGACAAUGCAAAUGAAAGACUUGAUGGCUUGAUUGGUCGCAUCGAGGACGAACUGCGCUUUCCCAGCGGCGCACCACUUCCCCGACGUGUUCCAGAUCUGCAAAUGUCGGCGGUCGUUUAUUCUCCCGAUUGUGCUUAUUUCCUGCAGACUAAAGGGCCGCCAGCUUUUACGCCUGCCGAUGGCCGUCAUCUUGUCGGUUUGAAGGAGGAGGUUUAUACCUACUCUACCAAGCUAUAUCUCCUCGCUUUUGCCGGGCUUAUGUUCGCCCAAGUCCAGCUCCUCAAGAUGCAGAUGAGAGAGUCAUCGACGCCAUCGACGAUAGCGCGGGUGAGCUUUUGGACGGCAAGCAUGAUGGUCGUAGCUGACGGCAUAGUGUUUGGAGCAUCGUCCUUCUUGAGCUUGUCAGAUUCCGCAGCUCUAUUGCCAUCGCUACUGUUGACAUAUGCGGGCUUCAUAUCCAUGACAAUAGGAGGCAGUUUUCUGUACGAGGUUUACAAGGUGCAGGAGCCCGAGAGGCGCACCCGCGAAAGAGAUCAGCCUCAGCAGACGAGCGCAACGACUUCACCUCAAGAGGCUGCAGCUCGUGCUGCAACGGCCCGAGCAACAUCAGCAUCAGCACCGCCUCCAGCAAGACCGCAAACGCCACCAAUUAUCAUUCCGUCGGAUCAGGAUAUCGAUGCUGAGAUUGAGGCCCAUCCGGACGCUCCCAACAUCCUACCGGUAACAAAUCCGGCUGCUGCAACGACUGCAACCACUACAACACCGCUGGCUCCAGACCAACCAGCACCCUUUUCGACAAUCUUGGGUCGUUAUGUUCUCUUUGGGGUAGUGCUUCUACUGCUCUCCAUUGCGGCCACAACUUGGUGGGCGCGUGCCCGAGAGAUCUAUACGAAUGGUCUUGUGUUUUGUUAUCUGUCCCUCUGGGUGCCUCAGAUCAUACGCAACGUGACCCGCAACUCUCGCCGGGCAUUCUCGUGGCGCUUCAUGGUUGGACAGUCAGUGCUUCGACUGAUACCCAUAGCCUACUUUUACCUUCGCGAGCGGAACAUUGCAUUCUCAAAACCCGACAGGGAGACUUUUGUUAUGCUGGCGGGCUGGGUGUGGUGCCAACUCUGGAUUCUUGGAUUUCAGGACAUAUUUGGCCCGCGAUUCGGUAUCCCCAAGGGCUGGGCGCCUGAGGCGUGGGAUUACCACCCCAUCCUCAGGGAGGACAGCGUCGAGGCAGGGGGUCUUCCCAUUGGGCUCCUGGGGAGUGGAGAGCCCGGGAGUCCGUCGGCAGGGCAACAGCAUUUCUCGGCGGCUGGGGAUGCCAAAAACGACGCUGACAAACACACCAGACUGCAUAGCAUCGACUGUGCCAUCUGCCGCGAGGUGCUGGAAGUGCCCGUUAUUCGUGCAGGCCACUCGGACCCGGCAGGGACUGGCGGUGUUGCUGGUGUGUUUGCUAGAAGGCAGUACAUGGUGACACCUUGCCGACACAUCUUUCACAGCGAGUGCCUGGAGGGUUGGUUGCGGUUCAGGCUCCAGUGCCCGAUAUGUCGCGAGAACCUGCCGCCGCUGUGA